CCCCCUUCCCUCUGCGGCCGCCAUUUUCUCAGCCCCACAGACCGGCGGCCCUUUUGUCUCGGUCAGACCCGGACUCGGCUUCUCCUUCCGUGGGAAAAAAAAAUCAAAGGAAAAACAAAAGAGCACCUUGGCUUGAAAAUUCGUUGCAAUGGCUCGUACUAAGCAGACAGCUCGUAAAUCGACUGGAGGCAAGGCCCCACGCAAGCAACUUGCAACUAAGGCAGCCCGCAAGAGUGCCCCAUCCACUGGUGGAGUGAAGAAACCCCACCGUUACAGACCUGGUACUGUAGCUUUGCGUGAAAUCAGGCGAUAUCAGAAGUCCACAGAGUUGCUGAUUAGAAAGCUGCCUUUCCAGCGUCUUGUGCGCGAGAUCGCACAGGACUUCAAAACUGAUCUGAGGUUCCAGAGUGCUGCCAUUGGGGCUCUGCAGGAGGCCAGUGAAGCAUACCUGGUUGGCCUGUUUGAAGACACCAAUCUGUGUGCUAUCCAUGCCAAACGUGUUACCAUCAUGCCGAAGGACAUACAACUGGCACGCCGUAUUCGAGGGGAACGUGCUUAAAAGCAAAAGAGAAAAAAAAGCGAAAAAUCAUGUUUUGCCAUGGGUCCUCUGUAUUAUUAGCAAAAGGCUAUCAUUUUUUUUCUUAUUCCUAUUCACAGUAGGCUGCAACAUCGAGCAUAUAAUCUUCAUCGUUUCAAAAAGAGAUUUUAGGUCUUCUGUAUUUGUAAGUCCGGGGGAUAAAAAAGGAAUCUUUGUUGUGAUGUUAACUAACUUUCCGUGGUGUUUUUUGUAAAAUUUGUUUCUUUUUCAUACCAGCAAACAUUUUAAAAUAAAGGGGAGAAUUUAUACAAUACAUGGUUUUGUAACAAAACCUAAUUUACAGUACAAUACUCUGAGCAGGAAACACUCGGACCUGCUUCUAUCAAGCAAUCUGUAAGAUAUGCAUUCAGAUCACAAUGCAUUUUAUUUUUGUGCGUUUUUUUUCACUUAUGUUUGAUAAUUCUGCAUUCUAGGGGUAGGCAUGAUAUGUUUUUUUUCUAUUGCAACCUUAAAUGUCACAAGAUGUUUGAUUCUGAUCUUUGUAAUUUCAAAAUUUUCCCAUGAAAAGUAAUAUUAAAUAGAUAUGAAAAAAAGUAAAUCUUAAA